AUGGCACCCGGCUCACCUAGAUUUCUCGAUCGCCUCUCGCCGACACGACAGAAAUCUCCCAUUUUACCGUUAUACACGUCCCACGCGAGACGCUCUAACGACUACGAUCUUGACGACCUGUCCCCGAGACUCGAUGAAGCGCUGUUGCCAGAGUUGCCGCGAUCGCCCAUCACCAUGUCCAGAAGGCGCUCUCCGUCCCCCGCAGAUCCGUGGGACGACCAUACCCCGAGUCCAGCCGGCUCAGUCUCCAAGAUGAAGCCCAAGGCUAUGUUUGCCGGGCCACCCCCUCCCAUAGCUACCUCUGUGCUGCUACAGCCGCCUGCCUCACAGACUAGUCGUACUUCUCGGGAUGGAACGGUGGAUACGGAGAAAAGGACCAAGGGAAUAACGGCUAGCCAGGUGAUGUUUGGAAGCAUUUUUUUCGACCACGACUCCCGCGACCAAAGCAUAUCUCGUGUAGACUCGGUUUGGCGUAAUUUGCAGCACCGAGAGCGGUCCCUUCAGAAGGAGGUACAGCGCUUGCUUGAUAUGCAAGCCACUGGACUAGUCUCUGGCAGUGAAUCUCUCGAACCCAACGCAGGAGGCCCCGAAACAUGGAGCGACUCUGGGAGCAGCACCCCAACAGGCACGUUUUACUCUACCGCUACCUCCAAAUCACGUAUGAUGGCGUCCCUGGAUCCUCCGGUGCGCGCCACUCCCCGAGGCGACAUCAUACCAGUCCGGCAGCCCAAGUCCUCGGGUCCACAAGGCCUUCGGGCCGCACGCAACGGGCUCCGACGGGUGUUGGCGGCUCUGACCGAACUCAAAGCCGAGGAGAACGAUUACAUCGAGUCGUCGCUCUCCCAGCGGAAAAAGGCCCUUGAGUACCUGGGCAACUUGGAUGCGCGCAGGACCAGCAUCUCAGCCGAACUGCACAGUUUGGCAGACGACGAAGAGGAGCCCCUGGCAAAGGAGCUCCGAGGCCUUGGGGAGCAGCAUGGAUCCCUCGGACAGGAGAUUCGCCAACUGGAGGAAAAGCUCAUUGGUAUGCGAAACCGACAAAGAUGGCUGGAGCGCAAGAUGGAAGAUGUUCGUAACCGCCGAGAGGCUGGCCUCAGCGGCUACAGGGGUGCCCUAAAAGAGGUAGAGGGAGAGGUCGCGUCCCUCCUGCGCCGGCCUCCUAUCGAGCCUCUGGAUUUGGAAGUUGUCGAAGCCACAACACGCAACGAGCCUGGAAAUGCCAUCAACCCCCAGGACCCGCCCGGAGGAGCCGAUUUCUUCCGUAUGAUACCGGCGCGGCGUACUUUGAGCAUGGCAAAGGAUUGGUGGGAAAGCGAAACAGACUUAUUACUGAAGCGCAAGAUGCAGGUUGCUAAAGAUCGCGAUGCGCUCGAGCAAGGCACGGAGCUGUGGCAGGAAACGAUAAAGCUAGUCACCAGCUUCGAGGCGGACUUACGCCAGUCGUUGAGUGACGGCAGCAGUGCCACGGUCAAGGGUAAGCAGCCUCAGCGAGCAGGCCUCGAAGGCGUGGAGGCACUACUGCCGAGAAUGGGAAAGGUCAUCUUGGAGCUGGAGGAACACGUGAGGACCGCCGAGCGCAACAGCUGGAACCUCUUGAUCUGUGCCAUUGGCGCCGAGCUUGAAGCUUUUCGAGAAGCCGAGGGCCUGCUUCGAGCUAGUCUACCACAGUCCCAGGCGGCUCCUCGAGUUGCAGAUGUUCAGGAACCCUGGCCCAACGAUGACGGUUUACCACAUCAGUCGACGCAAGCGGACCCCGGCGAGGCAUGUACAGCACGGAGUCACCACGAAGAGAGUGACAACGAGGUCCCGCCCGACUUGCUGGUAUCACGGUUGGAGGAGCAUGAUGAUGGACAUUCCCUUAUCGGAUCCCUGCAAACGUCAUCAUCGCGACGGGGCAGCGAGAACGAGGUGCCGCCAGAGUUCCUGGCGGAGCACGACAAUGAGCAUGAUGGGAACAUGAAUUGA